AUGCCUGUUCCCAAAUAUACCUACACCGGGCCAAUCAACCACGCCGUGGUGCCCGAUCUAGCUAAUGCCAAAGGUAAAUCUGUUAUUAUUACCGGAGGCGCGAAUGGAAUGGGCGAAGCCAUGGUGCGCGCUUUUAGUGAGGCCGGUGCCUUUGUCACCUUUGGUGAUCUUCACCCCAGAGGAGAUGAUCUCGCUAAAGAAUUGAACGCGAAUGGCGAAACCGCCGCGUUUGUCAAGUGCGACAUUACGGACUGGGACGCCUUGAUUACACUAUUCGAAACAGCCAAAGCCAAGAGUCCGCAUAACAGCGUUGAUAUCGUCAUUGCUAAUGCGGGAAUCUCGCGUGCCUCAGGUGACAGUCUGUGGAACCUUGAUGACCCCAAUGGCGCACCAACCAAGCCCAAACUCAACAUAGUCCGUGUCAACAUGGACGGGACAUUCUAUACCUGGAAACUUGCAGUUCACUAUUUCAGGAAACAACCAGAUACUGCGGACCGAGACCGAUGCUUCAUUAUUACUGGAAGCAUGGUCGCAUACAUCGAUUCACCGGGAAACUGGGAAUACACAGCGACCAAAUACGGCCUACGCGGCUUCAUGAAGACCGUGCGUCGAAACAGCUGGGAACAAGGAAUCCGAAUCAAUUACGUAGCGCCAUGCUGGAUCAAAAGCGCUAUCCGUACCAAGGAGUACGAAAAUUGGCUGAUUGAGCGUGGCGUCGAGUUUGGCGAACAGGCGGAUUGCGCUGGCGCAAUGAUCAGGAUCGCCUGUGACAAAUCUAUCAAUGGACGCUCACUCAUGAUUACCCCGAGAACUGUGGCCAAGGAGGGUUUCGUGGACGUAGACAAGGAAGACUAUUCCGACCCCAAAGACGAGUACUUCGCGAAGAAGCAAGCGUCGCAGUUGGUCAUUAUCGAGGAUAAAUGGCUGGAUGAUUAUAAAGGAGAUCGAAUCGCAACGAUCGCUGUUCCUGGCUGUGGAUUAGACGACUGCCCUGAGUGCUCACGGGAUCUUGCUCAGCUGUGUGAGCAAGCCCACCAUGCUGGUAUUGGUCAGGAUGGGUUUUAUGCGCCAUAUGCCGCGCUGGACCUUCGGGCAGUUGUUCAUGUCCCAGAAGGAAUUCCGUCAUCUGUCGCAGCAGUAGCAACGGAUGCUGUCAAAACGAGCUAUCAUGCCAUUGUGAGACGUGCAGAAGUUAAACCACAAGAGACUGUAUUUUUGUUCGGCCUGGGAGGCCUCGGAUUUAACGCGUUGCAAAUUGUCCUGCAUAUUGGGGCUAGAGUCAUCGUUUCUGAUAUUAGACAAGAACGGUUGGAAGAGGCUGCAAGGUUCGGUGUUCCUCGACAAGAUCUAGUGCCAGCUGGAAAGUCAGUGCAAGAUUUUGUGCUCGAGAAUGGGUUGCAGGGCAAGAUUGACACUACCCUGGAUUUUGUGGGCACACACCAGACCUUUCAGGAUGCACAGAACAUUGUUCGAAGAGGAGGGAAACUUCUGUGUGUUGGUACUCUUGAUGAGGAGAAUACAAUCGACAUGAAGAUUGGCAUUCAGAAGAGACUGAGCAUUAUCUUCACAUAUGGCGGGCAGUGGAGAGAUUUGGAGGAAGUCCUGGAUUUGAUCUCGAAGGGAAUGAUUCGCCCACAGGUUGAGACUGCUCCCUUGAAGGAAUUCCCCCAGAUCUUGAAGAGUGUCUGUGAUGGAAAGGUCAAAGCCCGGGUCGCUUUAUUGCAUGAGUAG